CAAAGACAAAACCAAGUAUUAGAGUUUCGCAUAUCAAUCACUGUCUCUUUGAGAAUCUGUUUCACUGUUUGUCUCUCAGAGGUAAGAAAAUGGAAAUCCUAUCUGCAACUAAGCUCUUCUUCUUCUUAUUAUUAUUCAGCUGCCACGUAUCCUUUCUCUCAUCAUCUGCAACCGCAGCAUACUCCAUCGGCGUCAACUACGGAACUAUCGCCGACAACCUCCCACCUCCUAAAGAAGUAGCAAACUUCCUCAAAACAAAAACAAACAUCGACAGGAUUAAGAUAUUCGACGCGAAUCCCGACAUCCUUAAAGCCUUCACCGGCACGGGAAUCUCCGUUACCGUUACAGUCGGAAACGGUGACAUCCCAUCCAUCGCUAAGCUCCCCGGAGCUCAAGCUUGGAUCGAAAAGAAUAUAUUGCCGUAUCACCCGAAAACAAUCAUCAGAUACAUCGCCGUUGGGAAUGAAAUCCUUGCCACGUCGGAUAAAACCCUCAUCGCUCACCUUUUACCCGCCAUGAAAGCACUCAGAUCUGCUCUCGACUUGGCUAAGGCUCGGAGCAUCAAAGUCUCGACGCCGCAUUCACUCGGGAUCUUGUCCACAUCGGAGCCGCCGAGUUCAGGGAAGUUCCGCAAAGGAUAUGACAAGCUAAUCUUCGCGCCGAUUUUGGAGUUCCACAAGCAAACAAAAUCUCCUUUCAUGGUAAACCCGUAUCCAUAUUUUGGCUACAAGCCUCAAACGGCAGACUAUGCUUUGUUCAAACCAAACGGCGGCGUUUUGGACGCUGGCACUGGGAUUAACUACACCAACAUGUUCGACGCGCAACUGGACGCGGUCUAUUCCGCAAUGAAACGGGUUGGGUAUGAGGAUGUGGAUAUCGUGGUGGCUGAAACCGGAUGGGCCUCCGCAGGCGAUCCGGGUCAACCCGGUGUGAGCGUGGAGAAUGCGUUAUCUUACAAUGGGAACCUCGUGAAGCACGUGGACUCCGGUAAAGGGACUCCUUUGAUGCCCAACAGGACUUUCGAAACCUAUAUUUUCGCUUUGUUUAACGAGAACCUUAAAGAAUCUAUUCCGGAGCGGAAUUUCGGGUUGUUUAAACCCGAUUUGACUCCGGUUUACGACGUGGGCAUUCUCCGCCAUGAUCAGGGGGUAGGUCCAACGUCGGCGUGCGUGCCAAAAUCGGACGCCAGUGAUGCGGCGUUGCAAGCGAACAUCGAUUACGUGUGCAGCACUGGAUUAGAUUGUAGACCGAUCCGAGCAGGUGGUACCUGCUUUAACCCGAAUAAUGUAAGGUCACAUGCAUCGUACGCAAUGAAUGCUUACUAUCAAGCCAAUGGUCGUCAUGACUUCAACUGUGAUUUUAAUCGUACGGGUGUCAUCACCUCCAGUGAUCCAAGUCACGGGGCUUGCAACAAUUCAGUUGAUCAAGGGCCAGCGUUAAAGUUGGAAAGUUCGAUGGCUGCAAAUCCGAUGGAUUAUGCACUUUUCUGCACGUUUUCUUUUACUUGCUUAUCGUACUAUAUGAUUUUUAUGAACCUUUUUAGGCUUUAUUAAAUGAAUUUCUACUUUUGUGGGAACAAUUUUAUGUAACCGGUCUAGUUUUUUUUUAUCAAAUAUGUAACUGGUAUAGCACAUUAAACUUUUAGCAUUAUUUUUGUACCUGCCUUAAUAGGUGGAACUAUAAA